CGCGGGACCAGCUAGUAUUGAUCACAGCCUCGACCACUCGGGAGGCGCGCACCGUGUCUAACUGUCCGACUUUCGGUUAAUGUUAUGUUUUGGUGCACAGAUGGCAGCUCCCUGGAAAGCCCGGGUCCUUCAUCCCAGCACCUGACAGACGGAUAGCAUAGGAUCUCCUCCCUUAAGGAUCGCAGGAGUAAAGAUCCUUCCAACCAACUAUCCCCAUUGUGUUGCUCUGAGGAUCAGCUGACACCCUACCUUGAAGGGGCGAAUGUUAUUUCACCUCCUACAGGAUCGUUCGCUGGUCUUGUGAAGGAGCUGAGGGCGGGGUUGAGGAGCGGAGGUCGUGGAGGAUGGCACGUCCCUCGUAGCACCAGAAUCCUUCGAGCAUCCAAUGUGUUCAAGUCCUACCGAGCGCGCGAGUCUUUUGAAAGGAGCGCCUCGACCCUUCGAAAAGUGAUUCGGACCCUUCGAUGAACUUAUCAAAGUCUGUCCACAGGUAUCCCGGCUUGUAUAGAACCACCUGUGCCAGCUGGCUUGGCCCGGGUGAUGUUUCAUUCAGUAGAUCAUAGAUACAGUGUUUUCCCCUCGAGGUCUUGCCUCUUAGAAACGUAUUCCAUGUUAAUUAGCCACGUUGUGAAGCUGGUUCGUUUCCAUACCUGACCCCUCGCUACGGAACUGAGACGAGUGUGACACUGAGAUUUCCUGUGACGAAGCAGGGCGAUUUACGAGUGGAAUAAACAAAAAAUAAACAGCGCAGAACAAGAAGAAAAUACCGUGAAUAGUAGUUAUAAGGUACCGUUUCAUCUUAGGUCGACUAUGUUAGAGAUGGAGGUUGCGAGGACAAGGCUGCUGGCGGCCGUCCUCGCUCUGAACGUCUUUGCGGCAGGCGGCAACCCCCUGUACCCCCCGACUUCUAGCUGGCCUGCGGCGGGCGAGGGCGGCGGCGGCGGCGGCGGCGGCGGCGGCGAGCAGGCGUCUGCGGCGUACUCGCGGGGCGGCCUGGCGGGGCUGCCGCGCUCCCUGCACUUCCCGCCGCCGCGCCCCGACGACCGCUAUAACCUGGUCCACCGCCGCCAGUACUUCGCCUCGUUCCCGCGGCGGCAGCUGGACCUGAAGGCGUCGCCGCCGCUGGACUACGAGCUGGAGCCGUCGUACCAGCAGGGCGUCAACAUGUACCAGUACGCCUACACGGAGAGCACCACCUACGGCGACCCCAGCAAGUACGCGGGCGGGGCGGGGCGACGCGUGGGAGCGGGCGGGGGCGCGCGGCUGGGGCGGAGGUACGGCGAGAGGGUGUGGUGGCCCCGGAUGCCCCUGACCGUGCUGGGGGCGCGCUCAGAGCCCUACCUGGGCAGGGUCGUCGAGCACGAGGACCAGCAGCUGCGUCCCGCGCCCCUCAAGCGGCCGAGGGACGACCCGCCGGCCUACAGCGACGCCGAGGACAUGCCGCACUACAGGUACGACGUGGGCGGCGAGGGGGAGGCCGGCGCCAUCUACGAGAGGGGGGCGGGCGGAGGGCGAGGGGGAGAGGGGCGGGGAGAGGGGGAGGAGGGCGGUCCCUCGCAGAACGCGUCCCUGGUGGGCACCGUGCGCGUGCAGAAGUCGCUCAGCCCCGCCAGGGACAAGGUCGUGUACGCCGACGUGCCGGCGCUGACCAACGCCUCGGCCACACCGCGCCCCCUGCACCGCGGGGUGGACUCCCUCCUGCAGAUGAUGAGCCAGGCGGACGAGGCGCAAGGCCGGAGGGCGGGAGCUGAGGAGGACCAGAGGAUGCUGGCUCACGUGGGAGGCCCCUCGGAGCCGCAGGGGCCCUACGUCACCACCACCGUGGCCCUCGGCUCCAUCAUGCUGCUCGUCAUCAUCAUCGUGGUGAUGGUUGCUCUGCGAGUCCAGUGGAGGGAGCGAGCGAAGGCGGCGGAGGAGUGGUCAGUGAGGCCGCCCACCGUCCAGCCCGCCUCGCCUGCCUCCGUGGGCGCCGGUCCGCCCACUCCGCCGUCGCACUUGGACCCGCUCACGCACCUCCACGCGGAACCGAUAAGGAUUAAGGCGAAAGGUCUCCUCGAACGCAGAGGGUCCAACACCAGCCUGACCUUGGAACUGCCCUCGACCUGCCCGCCGCCAGAGGUCACCUCACCGCCUCGACACUGCACACCGGAGGAGUUUCUGAUGACCGCUGGGAACAGGAUGAGCAGGAGACAGCUGAGACACUGCUUGAGGGACACGAGGACGCUACAUGCCGAGUUCUGGGAGGUCCCUCUCAACUUGCCUGAUAAGUGUGACGUCCCUGGUUCAGCGGCCAAGAACAGGUAUCGUACUGUACUGCCUAAUGAAGCCACACGAGUCAGGCUGGACACUGGAGACCCGGCGACUGCUUAUAUUAAUGCUAACUACGUGAGGGGUUACGACGGCGAGGAGAAAGCGUACGUGGUGACCCAGGGUCCUUUAGCCAACACCGUGGCUGACCUCUGGGCGCUGGUCAUGCAGGAGAGGUCACCGGCCGUGGUCAUGAUCACCAGACUCAAGGAGAAGCGGAGAGUCAAGUGCGAGCCGUACGUGCCCGCCCUCAGCGCCACGUACGGAGAUAUCACGGUCACGGUCAAGCAACUCAUCCACAAGAACGGAUACACGACUCGUCAGCUGUUGCUCCAGCGUCGGGAGGAGGUUCACGAGACGCUGCAUUUCUGGUACACCGCCUGGCCCGACCACAAGACCCCCACGGAACCCGACCAGCUGCUCGCCAUGGCCCUGGAGGUCGACCACGUCAGGAAGACUGGCACCGGAAGCGCCUGCGGCCCCGUGAUCGUGCACUGCUCCGCCGGCAUCGGGCGCAGCGGCUGUUUCAUCGCUAUCAGCAUGGCCAUUAACCAGCUGUUGGAAGAGGACUGCGUUGAUAUCCUUGGGAUCCUGUGCCAAAUGAGGCUAGAUAGGGGCGGAAUGGUCCAGACCGGAGAGCAGUACGAGUUCAUUCACCGUGCCGUGGCGCUAUACGAGUCCACGCUGCCAGCCGUAUGUGUGAACAAGUGAUGCACGCCCUCUGACAGCUACCAUGCCCUCCCCAUGAACAUUUCAUGACCUCCCCCUCCACGGAGUAUCUGUGGGGGCCACGGACACUACUGCCCCGGGGCUUCUGUGGGAUGGAAAAGCCGACUCACCAGGCAGUCUCUGCCAGGGCCCCACUGUCCGUGCUGUCAUGCCAUGUACAACAGCCAGCAGGUGUUCACGUACGUCCUCAGUGCACCAGACGCGUACCGAGGACAUGUUGCGAUAUGUACAGCGUGUACUUAACGAGUGCAGUUUGUUACGUUCCACAUGGAGGACCUUUAAGAGCUGUGUGGUGCCGUGAGGACCGUCGACGGCAGCCCCGUUGACAAGAUAACAGAGCUCGCGUCUUGUUUGAUGUGGAUCUCCGGCAAAAGACAAGGCACGUUGGCCCGGUUUCCUCUGGGCGAACAAGUGUCUUCCUGGACACUCGGUCCGAUGAAAGACCAAAAAAACAACAAUUUUCCCAGUAAUACAAGAUAGAUAAAUAUGGCAGCUUAACUUGAGUGUAAACAUAAGCAUGAAUUAUUGUCUAUCCGAGUGAUGUACUUAUUUUAACAAAUAUAUUUAUCAGUUGUCAUAC